CAGAGGAGAGAAGUUCGAGGAUAUACGAAUAAUAAAAUUAGAGACAAUCGAGUAAUCGAGAGGGCGCAGUGCGGUUCAAUGCUGCCUGGUGUCGGCGUGGCUCCUGCAUUUUCCGCCGUCCGAACGUCGUUGCCCGUGAAGGAAAGAAGAUGAGCAAGACGUGCGCUCGUUGUGAGAAAACGGUUUAUCCGAUCGAGGAGCUCAAGUGUCUCGAUAAGAUAUGGCAUAAGCAGUGCUUCAAGUGUCAGGGCUGCGGUAUGACCUUGAACAUGCGAACUUACAAAGGCUUCAACAAACAGCCAUACUGCGAGGCACACAUACCAAAAGCAAAGGCAACGACGAUGGCGGAAACACCAGAAUUAAAACGCAUCGCGGAGAAUACAAAAAUUCAAAGCAACGUUAAGUAUCACGCAGAGUUCGAAAAGGCAAAGGGAAAGUUCACGCAAGUUGCGGAUGAUCCAGAGACGCUGAGAAUCAAGCAGAACAGCAAGAUAAUUUCAAACGUUGCUUACCAUGGUGAACUUCAGAAGAAGGCGAUUAUGGAACAGAAAAGGACCAUGACCGGAGAGAAUGGCGAACAAAUCGAGUACGUAGAGUACACGGACGGUACAAUCGCACCUGCCUCGAGCAGUUACCUAAAUGCGAAUCCACCAGUUGCGAGAACGGCAAACUCGCCUGUACAAAGGACACCAGGUAGGAUCGCUGAUUACGAUCCCCUUAGCGAGGCAAGGCCGAGUCCUUAUUCCGCCAGGCAAGCCGCGACCACGGUCAUUUAUACCAGUGACAAAGGUCCAGUGACGAAUCCACCUACACGAAAAAUUGGCUCCGUUGCGGAUAUCGACCCGGUGAACGACUAUUACGGAUCGCUCACGCCUGCGACGAAUAACAAUCACGUGAUACAGCAUCAGCAACCACCACCACCACCGCCACCUACCAACGUCGGAAGAGUCUACAGAGCGAUGUACGAUUACGAGGCACAAGAUUUGGACGAAGUAAGCUUCUGUGACGGUGACCUGAUUGUUAACUGUACAGCCAUCGACGAAGGAUGGAUGACCGGUUUGGUACAACGUACAGGUCGGCACGGUAUGCUGCCAGCGAACUAUGUCGAGCCGGCGCAAAUCUAAGGACCAUUUAAAUAUUUCAACGAUGGAUCUUCUUAGGCUAGCUGCCAUUUAAACCUCUCAUUUGUUUGUUGGUCAACGUGCUUGGAUUGAAACGUUUCGCGAUUGAAGGAAACGCUGGAGUACACUGAUGGUGUGCGUGCGUGUGUGAGAGAAAGAGAAAGGGAGGUAGAGGGAGAGAGGGGGAGAGAGAGAGAGAGAGAGAUAGAGAGAAUAUUUUUUUUAUUUGCGAGAGAGAUCGUCCGUUUAUGUCCCACUCUUUAUGUACAAUGCUCUCCUUGCCGUGUUAGAAAAGAUAAACAAAAUGUCGAACAGGACACCUUAGAGACGUGUGUAUAUCCUGUUCGAGAGAUUGUUUCCUUUCUUUCUUUCUUUUUUUUUUUCCUUUUUUUUUUAUUUUCUAUUUUUUACUAUUAUUUCCUUUUUUUCUUUUUUCUUUUUGUAAUACGAAGAACAAGAAACGAGAUAAUCCUAUUGUCAACGAAUACGAUGAGAAAAAACGCUUCGUUCGUUUUAGUUUUGUUGACGUCGGUCGUUCUCGUCGUAGCAUUCAGACGUCCUACUCCUUCUUCGUCUUACCAUAAUGCAUCUUUCGUUUCUUUUCUUUUUUCUUCUGUUUUUUUUUUUUUUUUUAAUUUUUCUUUUUUUUCUUUCUCUUUUUUUACCAUACCGUUUUUGCACUUUUAAUGUAUCAAAUGUUAUCAAUA